UUUAUUUUGCUCAUCAUCCAUCAUGUUAUGUGCAGCCUAGUGUUAAGCUCACAUCAGCUGGAGGUGAAUGAACAGCCCCUGCGCCAUCAUUGGCUGAGAAACUUACACGUUACUGGACAGAACAAACCGCCACUGUGAUUCCAUUCUCCUCCUAUUCAUUAGAAGCUCCGUGGUUGUGGUACAACUACUCAGACCUUUAUCGAUCGGCCGGCUGCUUGGCUUCUCCAACAUGAACCAAAGUGCGGGAGCAGCCCACCACAGUCGCAGGUACUCCAGUGAUGACAAGCUGGCCUGGGAACGCCUUGGAGGUGGCCGGGGACCGGGAAGUCUGCGCUUCCCUACUGAGACUGCUGCCCCCGCGACCCGGAACCGGAUAAGCGGAGGAAAAUGGAUGGAUGGAUGGAUGGAUGGAUGGCUAUUGAACGAUCAGUUCUCAGGUUUUGGAAAGGAUAUCGGGCAAAUUGGACCAGACAGGAAUUGGAAAGGUAUCGCUAUCUCCCUCCUUGUUAUCAUGGUGGUGCUUUCGCUCAUUGGACUGUCAAUUGUUCUGCUAUCAAAAGAUAAUUACGGGCAAUUUUCCGGCUCACACUUGACCCUGGAUGACAUCUUCCAUAGGAACUUCCAAAUACAUGAUCCUCAGGCAAAGUGGCUCAGUGAGAAAGACGUUAUCUUCUACAGCUGGGAUAGAGACUUAUUGAAAAUCAACACAGAGACCAACAAGACAGAGCUCUUGCUGAAAAACACAACUUUUUCCACCUUUAAAGCCUCAAAGUUUGCGGUUUCUCCAGAUCUGAACUUCGUUCUUCUGGGAUAUGAUGUCAGACAGGUUUUCCGCCACUCUUUCUUAGCAUCAUACCUCAUCUUCAACCUAAACACAAGGGAAGUGCUGGAGCUAAAUCCCCCAGAAGUAUCAGAUUCAGUCCUCCAGUUUGCUUCAUGGGGUGUUGGUGGUCAGCAGUUGAUAUACAUUUUUGAAAACAACAUUUACUACCAAGCAGACGUUCAGAGCAGCUCAUGGAGACUCACAUCUUCCGGAGAGGACGGGGUUAUCUUUAACGGCAUUGCAGAUUGGCUUUAUGAAGAAGAGGUUUUGCACACUCAGGUAGCCCACUGGUGGUCACCUGAUGGCUCAAGACUUGCUUACCUCACCAUCAAUGACUCCCUGGUCCCAAAGAUGCUACUGCCUUGUUACAUGGGCUCGCUUUACCCCAGGAGUAAAGAGUAUGCGUACCCUAAAAUGGGUCAGAUUAAUCCCAUUGCAAAGCUUUAUGUGGUCAAUCUCGACGGCAGCUCCCAAACAACUGAACUGUUACCUCCCGAGAGUCUGGAGAAGAGUGAAUACUACAUCACUAUGGUGAAAUGGGUGACCGUGGAGAAGCUUGCUGUGCGCUGGGUUAAUCGGGCGCAAAACAUGUCGAUUCUUUCACUCUGUGACGUACUCAACAAUACGUGCAUGAAGAGACAUGUGAUGACAUCGGACAAGUGGCUCGAUCGCCAGAAUGAAGAGCCAUUCUUUUCAAAGGACGACACCGUAUUCUUCAUGACACUGCCGUUAAACCAGGGAAGUUGUGGAACCUUCCACCACGUGACCAUGAUCUCCAUACAAGGACAGGAUGUCAAACUACUCCCCUUAACUUCAGGAUGCUGGGAUGUCACUCAAAUUCUGGCGUAUGAUGAGAACACUACGACAGUCUUUUUCCUAAGUAAAGAGGACAGUACAACGCAGCAACAGAUGUACAGUAUCUCGACUGUGGAGCCAUUUUAUAAACAAUGCCACACGUGCUCCCUCUUCAAGCCACAGUGCUCAUACUACGAUGCUGAGUUCAAUACAAACUAUCAGCAUGUUCUUCUACAUUGUCGAGGCCCUGGAAUACCGCAAACUACUCUGCACAGAUUAAUCAAUAUGAAGGAGCACAAGACACUGGAGAUGAACGCCGUACUACAACACUCGCUGAGCAACAAGAAAAUGCCUCAAUGGGAAAAAAGAACCGUGCAAAUCAACAAUUUUGGGCUGUGUAUGGAGUUAAUUGUUCCGCUGGAUUUUGAUGAAACAUACAAACAUCCUCUUCUGCUGAUACUUGACAGUUCCCCUGGUGGUCAGGCUGUGAGUGACCGUUUCAGCCUCAGUUGGGAUUCGGUGCUGGUCAGUUCAGACGAUGUCAUUGUGGCUCGUCUGGAUGGGCGGGGCAGCGGCUUCCAGGGUCAGAGGGUUCUUCAUGAGGUCCACCAGCGAAUUGGCACUGUGGAUGUUGAUGACCAGAUCUCAAUUAUAAAACAUCUCAUCAUGCUUCCUUAUAUUGAUGAGAACAGAGUUGGAGUUUAUGGAAAGGCAUACGGAGGUUUUCUCACAUCAAUCCUGCUGCUAUCCUACAACUCAAUAUUUAGCUGUGGCAUAGCAGUAGCUCCUAUAACAAACUGGAAGCUACAUGGGUCUGCCCUUUCUGAGAAAUAUUUUGGAUUUCCCGAGCAAGAAAAUCGCAAGUGUGAGGUUUCCAGCCUACUCCGUAACAUCAGUGGACCGGGUCCAUUGAAAUUCCUUAUCAUCCAUGGCACAGCAGAUGCUACUGUUCAUUUCCAACAUUCUGCUGAGUUGAUUCGCCACCUGUCUGCAUCCAAUCAGAACUACACUCUCCAGAUUUUCCCAGAUGAAGGACACGUUAUUGCAUCCGUCAAGAGCCAGCGUUACAUGUUGAACUCAGUGGUCGCAUUUUUUAAGGAUUGCUUUGAGGAGGAGAUUUCCGACCAACAGACAUCUAAAGAUGACGACUGAAGAUGAGAUGGAGAACAUCCUGCAGUGAGACUGUCUUCCAUGACUCUAGCACCCGGUUGCAUGAACCAGCGUGGAGAUAUUGGACCUUUGCUUUCCUGAAGGGCUGACCUACCGAGGCAACCGUGAGAGAACAUGUAUGCAGACACAUCAGUAUUCCUCUCUUGAUAAGUUAAAAAUUAACAAUUGACAAAGGGACUAUAUAAUGUUAAAAUCGAAUUCUCUCAUGCUUGACCAUGCUCUAUUAUUAGUCAUAUUGAAUACAAGUAAUAUGUAGUAUUGGUACACAAAACAUUGAUGAUACUUUACCUUACGUUACAUUACAUUAUCUGUGCUGGACAGGCUCACUUUUACCACUACCAAUUCAUUCAU